AUGACGGCGCCGAAGAUCGACGCUUCCGAAAUUCCUGCCCAAGAGGACGCGGUUGUCCCGUUGCUGCAAACUUCAGAUGAAAUAUCGACGGACUGCAAUUCAGUAUUUACCUCCGACGCGUCCCAGAGUACUGAGAUGGAGGGAAUCACAACUGGAUCGCCGGAAUCCUAUACUGCGACUGUGGAGCGGGCGGAGAACCAGAACACUGUCGAUGGUGACGAGCUCAAUAAUUCAUCCGAAUGCGUCGCCUCUGAAACCUCGGCGUCAUCGCUGGGACAGCUCGCAGCAGUUGAACAACAAACGGAAUCGCUCUUCCACAUCAAGGCUGUCUCCGAGAACAGCCUCGACAGCACAGGGCACGUGACGAACGACGAAACUCUCGAAGUCGCAGAAGCAACUCCCGGAAUAACCCCGAACGGCAUUCUGACCGAAAACGGCUGGAAAUCGGAAAGAUUAGAUUCAAGCGACAGAACCCAAGACGCGAAUGUUCCGCUAGCAGAGGCUCCGAAGAUUUCCCGAGUCAUACAGAAAAUCCUCACCAAGCCUCCUGUGGUGACGGAUUCGGGUUUCAAGGAAAACAGAGCGGUCUCCGCUGAAGGCUGCCGGAAUACCAGAUCCGUCAGAAGUCGCAGAAGCUUCGAGGACCCACAGUUUGGAAUCCUCGGAAAUCGGGAACGCGAAGGGUACUCUUGGAGGGAUCGAGACCCCGACAGUUCCACACGGAGCGUGAUCACUCAUUCGAGAUGUCGACGAUUUGGUAGCAGCCGACUAUCGGCUGUCUCUAGAGAAAACUCCUUCCCCUACCCGGAUAUGUAUGAUGAGACAAUCCAGAAGAAGAUAGGCAGCCCGCCCGCUUCUGAGGCUUCCUAUGUGGAGCCCUACUUAACAGAUUGUGCGAGUCCGAAUAUCGUUGACGCCGACGGGGACAUUCUCCUUCAAAGCGAUGACCUCCUCGCAGCCGACGUAGUCUCUCCGCAAUAUUUCGUGAUUCAGCUCAUCGUGAAACCCGGGGAGACGUUCCUCGGUCUAGACUUCGCACACAGACAGAGUAUCCAAGCGAUGUUGAGAACCUUGACCAGAAAAUCCUUGAGAGAGCUUCCCUUCCGCUCGCUUAAGAUCGACCAGGUAGUUCUCAUCGAACUAAUGAAAGAGCUGGUCCGAGGAAAAGUCGUCGAGAUCACUCGACACAAAGUUCAACUCAAUCUGCUAGACCAAUGCGGUGUAAGCUCCGCGACGAAAGUCUACCAUUGCCCGGAAGUGAUUGCGACGGCACGCCCGGCCUUGCAAGAAAUCCAGCUGCGUACCCCGAGGCGCAAAGUGUCCGUUGGCGCUUGCGUGUACAUCAAGUCCGGGAAGUACAUCGACAACGACCGCUUGGUCGCUUUUUCGCACGGUUAUAGCCCGGAGGGGGCUCAGGGAGGCCAUUUCAACUCACACUAGCCAAAUUAUUCUCUAUCAUCAUCGUCGCUGAUGGCUGGGUACGAAACUUGGGAUUCACAUUAGGUGAGCUCAGCCAGAACGCGGACGGCUCAUUUCAUCAGGGAGCGGACUGAUACCAGUAUGGGAUCGGAGGAGAUGAUCCCGCAAUCUAUUGUAAUCAUUAAUUUUUUCGUCGCAAGUUAUUUCGAAACUUCGCUUAUAUUUUAUCCGCGAAACACCCUGCGUAAA